AAACGUAUAAUGAUUCAUCCAGAUAUUUUCUCAUUACGUUAAAUUUGGAGCAGGAUUAAUAUAAAUAAUUUCCAUGGCUUGCAAUGGCUGUACAAAACAGUUUGGUUUGCUAAUGAAAGAGCAUGGAUGUCCUGUUUGUAAAUUUUCAUUUUGUAAAAAGUGCUUGCGGUUCUCUAUAAAACAAGAUGGUAAGAACAAAAAUGUAUGCCUCCGAUGUUACGAUUCUUAUAACACAGGGAAACGUCCAAACCAAAACCUCGAAAAGCAAAAAACGGACCUCUCUAUUUUAGAUAAACCUAUGGAGAGUACAGGAAGGGAUGUAAUUUUGGAGCCAACGCAAAAUCCAUCUGUUUCUAUGAAUUCCGUUUUAAACGCGGACAGUCAGAUUAUGCAAAGACUAGCAGCGCUUAAACAGGAGGACAUCGACAAUGACACUUCAAAAGAAUCAUCGCUCAGUUAUUCAGAUAUUGAGAAACGUCUUGCCGCGUUAAAGGGGAUGGAAUAUAAAGACUACACAGAGUCAAAUAAAAAACUUCUGGCACGAGACAAUAGGACCCAGGGGGAACAAAUAGAGGAUCUGAUGAAACAAUUCACAAAAGAACAGCAGAUCCACGAUGCCAUUAGUGACUAUCAGUUGGCUGGAAUUGAGGAGAUCGAAAAAAGGUUAGCUGUGCUUAAAGGCAGUACGGAAAAUAAUACGGCAAAAGAUACCCCGUCAGUAGAACUACAAAGUUAUGACGAGGAAAAUGAAGACGAAAUUGCAAGCAAAUUGACUGCCCAAUUUUUGGAAGAGGCUGCAAUCGAUGCUAAGAACGCCCCAAAAGACAAUCAAGAUGAGUUGAAUAACAUUGAUAUACCUACUCUGGUGGAUCCGUCAGAGUUGGAGGAGUUACCGUGGUGUACAAUCUGUAAUGAGGAUGCAAAAGUUCGUUGUGUUAGCUGUGACGGGGAUUUAUUCUGUGAUGGUUGUUUUCGGGAAUGCCAUGAAGAUGAUGAGGAAUAUAGGGUGCAUAUAACAAAGUCUUACAAGGCUGUUCCGAAAGCGAAUAAUUAAUGGUCUGUUUGUUGGUUUUUAAAGUAUGUAUAGCUCCCUGAAAGAAUAAACGGAUUUAACUCUGCUGGGAUCACCUGUUUAUAUAAUUUAGUCGUGUUUUAGGUAGCAUCGAUCUGAGAUAGGUUUGUAAAGUACGAAAGAAACAAAGUUAGUAAUUAUAUUGCUAAAGAAGGUACGUUUAAAUUAGAAUUAUUAGCUAUUAGAAUGCAAAGCAGUACAACUAUUCAACAACCAGAAGGGAGUAGUUUGAGAACGGCCAGCCUUUUUUAAUUGCAACACACUGUAUUAUAGCGUAGUAUAAAGCAAAGUGUAAACGAAAUCGAGGGCCGAUGAUUCUAUUUCAUGCCACUAUAGACUGCAAAAUCACUACGCCAAGGGCAGAACAGGAGUUACACGAGAGUCUAAGAAAUUCAAACACAUUUACCAAGAUACUUGUUUCUAGAUUAUAUUUAUUCUUUUAAAUUUUAGAAGACAUAUACGAUGGCAGAACAUAUUCUUACCACUAAAUGUAAAUGAAAAAAAAAGUCGCAUUAAAGGAAACCUCAUGCCUAAGGAGUUAUA